UGUGAGCAUCAGGCGUAGACUUUUGUACAGCUUUAUUUCUACAAAGGCUGAGAGUUUUCCACAUGAAAUUAUACCAUGCGUUCUUUGCACCAUCUAUCCAAUUGCCUUGGAAAAGCCAAGAGGAAUUGGGUCCUGGGCUAUCACUGUGCUGGGAUGGCUCUCUGCUCUGCUGCGGUAUGAUGUCCUCGACACUGAGAACAUCCGUCUGCGGUUAUGUUAUGUUCCUUGUUUUUAUCUACUUGGUAACUUCAAACUUGCUCGUCUAUGUGCUGACAUAGUUUACAAGCUAACCAGACGUAUUGAUGUCACGCCAAUUCGAGUGAAAUUUCUACUCAAGAUCAAGAAUAAAACUGGUCUAACAUCUCCCAUAACUAAGUUGUUAAGAUUGUACAGCACCAUGCGCCCAGAUCUUAUUUUAGUCAACGAUGAUGGCAUGGUGAUGCCUCCUAAAAUUGUCACCAACCGUUUGAUGGCUCCAGGCCUUGAUGCCUUCAUAAGAAGACACGCGGCAGCGCACCAAGACCAAGAGGAAUAUGGAGAUGAUCUCUGGUCCUCUGCUUACAAGAGACAGAAAGUUAAUUUUCACUUGAGAGAUUCUGCCAUACCAGUUCCUAAGGUUGUACAGCACUCCAGAACAUUAGAAGAGAAGCAGUCAAAGCGCAUGAACGUGAUGCAGUGCACCAGAGUACGGCAGCUGGUAUCAGCCAUACCCAGUUCAGACUCGUGGAUUUGGCCUAAUAAUCCUGCCUCAAUGCUGAGACGCCCUCUUCUGUUGCUGUGGUUUAAACCUCACAGCCGCCGCGACACAGUCAUGCUAGAGUCUUGGCUUGAUGUUGCUCUCUCUUCAGGGUUGCACGUUUCUUAA